GCGAGCUAACGACACACGGCGCGGCAAAUCGAAUCGCUAGAGUGAGACAGUGCUUAAUUGUAAGAGUGAGAGCGGAAAUGUAAUUGGCAUUGCCGUCUCUAGUUAACUCAACACUUUCUCCGGUGGAAGCGGAUGCGGGUGCUUAACAGAUUGCGCAAACUUUGAGAUACAUUUAUGAGUGCUAACAAAACGGCAAAAGGCAAAAGGCAGCCUCGUUCGCCGGAAGAGUAGACGCAUCUGUUCACAGACAGUCGCACAGUUUUGUUUCAGUGAUAAAAUGUGAAGUGCGGCAACUGAAGUGAAACAAAGUUGAGAAAAGAAAAAGAAGUAAAAACACUAAACAUAAAAGCAGCACAAGUCAGCUGCAAAGCCGCCAGCUUAAAACUUGCCCUAGUUCGAAUUUAUCAUAAAUUUACGCACACAUAAAAUAGUAAAAUAUGAGUUCCCCCGAGGACUUUGAGAUGCUGCGGCUGCAGGAGCAGCAGGAGCAAGUCAAACUGGAACGGGAAUUGCAACAGAAUCACACCAUCAGUAUGCACAGCCAUCCCAGGCUCUCAGAGUAUUAUACAUAUAUGACGGCCUUUGUCUCGCUGGCCAUCUUCGUGGCCGCAAUGCUGACCAUACUCAACAUUUCCAUAUAUUUGACAACUGUGUCGCGGCUGCGUCGUCAUCUCAACAAGCCGCUCCUGAUUCCCUCCAUAGUGAUGGUCAGCCUGUAUCCGGUCAUAUCGGUGGCCGCCUUGGUCACCAUACUGGUGCCGUAUUCCUGGUUCAUUUGCCACACUGUGAUGCACGCCAUGUUCAUGGUAGGCGGACCCACUUUUCGCAUGCUGCUCUUUCGCUAUGUCGAAUCGGAGCAGAACUAUCUGAAGGAAACAUCCGGCGAGCCGGUCGCACUGAAUACACCGCCCUGCUGCUGCUGCUGCCUCUGCUUGCCCAUGGUGGUGCCGACGAAGGCGAAGCUGUGCAUCUCCCGCUACAUGGUCUGGCAGAUGCCCUUCUGGCAGGGCAGCAUUAUGCUGGUCAUGAACAUUCUCUACUAUCGUGAUCUAGAGCUGUACCAUGAGGUGGUCUACUUCUUCAUACCCUUCAUCAUCGCGUCCAUUGUGCUGGGCGCCUGGUCGCUGCAGAUCACGGUGCGCAUGAUCACCAAGCUCCAUGGCGACUAUCAGCUAAGGAAGAAGAUGUUCUGCCUGCAGUUGGUUGUGCUGCUCUGCAAGUUGCAGUAUUUGAUACUCUACGAGCAGCUGAACUCCCUUAAGCUGGGCGGCGAAUACCCCAUCAAUCAUACAAUUUACAAGCAGACCAUCAUCAAUAUUCUGAUACUGGUCGAAAUGGUGCUUGUAUCCAUGUUGGCACAGAGCGCCUAUCGCAUACCCAUUCAAGUGCAAAUCGACGACUCGAAUCGCAAGUGAUCGAAUUGCAAACUUUAGUUGGUUAGUGACACGAGUAGCAAAAGAUUGUGAUAAUUUAAUAAAGACAAAUUAGAUUAAAAUAAUAUAGAGAUGAAAUUUAGAGAAUAAAUACAUAUUAUUGAUUGAUGUGAAAAUGAGAAGUGUAUGGAGAGACAACAAAUUUAUUGAGACAAAUAGCAAUUUGGAUAAC